GUUAAGUGAGCAGGAAGGAAGAGAAAUAGUAUAAAAAAGUAGAAGAUUCCAUUUUAAAUAAUCACCAGAUCUUGAGGAAAACCACAGCUUUAAAUCCAGCCCACGUUCCGGGCCUGCACAGGGAGUUGGCGUCCAAGACACAAGUUAGCGUCCGGCUCAGGUAGCAACAUCAGUGCUCGCAGAGUGUGCAGCGCAACAACCUUCUUCUCUGUGCCUGGAAGUUCUGUCCGCCCACCCAGUGAAAUUUCCUCGGGCUGAUUUUAGCCUCCGUCGACCAUUGGUCCCACCGAGUGUUGCGGGAUACAGUUAAGAGGGAAACCCAGUCCAGCACCUAAAAGCAGGGAAUUUCAGGGAGCCGAGCUGUAAGAGUAAAAAAGGAAGGGAAAGAGGAGAAGUAGGACAAGCCCCUCGAUUAUUUUCCUCGACUGGACGGAAAGCUGGAAUCAACAUCUUUGGAUCUGUCGGUUGGCACUUUGGAACAAUAUCGGGAGCAGAUCGAUCAUCAUCACUCUUUGGGACAGGGCCAGCGGCGAGAAAGAACGGACGAAAAAGAGCAAGAAAAAAAAAGAGAAAAUAAUCUAAAAAGUGCGCUGUGGGAGGAGAAACCGGGAAUAGACCUAAAGUUACGGUUUACUCACCUAGAGCAACGGUACAACCACAAGACUUAGCGUCAACCUCUAUCCCCUCCUCUCUUCACUUCUCCACUCGCUCCUCCUUACACCUAUUUGCUGCUUUUUGCGCCCAACGAAAGUGACAGGUGGGUGAGAGUCCACCAAACCCUCGACUAUUUUUACUUUUACGCCGGGAGUAUCCAAAAAGUAGAAGAAGACAUCAACCAUCAUGGUCACGGCAUUUCAAUUCUUCCGUGGCGGGGGCACCUCACCAGCCUCGUCUGCUCCAGGAACACCCCUCCUAACCUCUCACGUCACUACGGCUCAAUCGUCAUCGACAGCGCCCGCGACUCCGAUUGCGGGACCUUCCCCGACCACCGCUACCGCUCUUCCAGAGUUGAGCUGCCUAUCUCCACUUUCACGUAGACAGUCGCCCGUUUUGCGUACUGGCUCGACUCCCCUGGGUAGUUCGGGUAACGGGACUACCACUGCCACUUCUCAUUCAAAUGCUGUCGCUUCCCCAAGGCCUCAAUUGCCUUUGAACACGGCUGCUGCGGUAAGCUCCUCAGCCUCUAACAUGCUUAGAGCAGUAGCGGGUCAGAGUGCGCUGUCCUUGGUGUCACAUCUCAACAAUUCCCUGAAUUUGUCUCCCAUUUUCUUUUGCUGCAAUUGCUCUUUUGGCCAUCUGGCUUCUGUGUUUUGUCUUGUUCACGAGAUGUGGCGUGCAAUUUCAAAUGGCCUACGAAUAUUACUUCUCUUCAACCCUCAAAGCUGGACUGACGGUCCGGAUAUUGAACACAGAUCAGAUGAUGAUGAGAACUUGAGCGGCCAGACAACACCCCACCCGAGCGGCCUAGACAAGAGAUUGCCUGGGAUACUACAUGGUUUCUCACAGGUUUGUAGUGAACUUCUACCUUUUCUCCGUCGAAACACUACACCGCUGGAGCCAAGACUCCCACCCCAAUCCAGAAAAACGGUUUCCUUUGAAUCCAGCUCGUGUCAUUUCCUUUCUGCCUCCUUGUCGGAUAUGGGAUUAGAGGGGAAAGAGAGUAAAAGGCUGACAGGGGACGUUUUUUCGGACGGAAAGGAUACACCCCCGGCCACACCUCGAGGGACCGCGUCAACCGGUAGUACACUAAGUGGUUCUACCGCGGCUACAACCCCUUCAACUUCUAGGCCCAACUCAACAUCCGCAUCCAACAAUAACACUACACCAAUGUCCCCCAAACCUGUCAGUCCUGGGAGCGGAGCCUCAAGUAAUGCGGCGGCUCAUGCAGCAGUUGUUCCCCCAAAGGGAAAAAUGGUUGUCAAAAUCAUCGAAGCGAGGAAUUUACGACCUAGCAAGGACCCAUAUGUUGUUUGCACCUUUGAGAGUAACGAGUUUAUUUCCAAAGGUCCUAAAAAGUCUGAUGACUCAGGCGACGGUUCUGAUAAUGAGAAGGCGGCCCUGGCUCCUGGGCGGGGAAUCGCAAUUCCCAUGAAAAGCCGUCAAAGCUCCAGUACUAGCCUUUCGGAAUUGCAGGGUGGGGGUUCAAAGAAAGGGAUAACAAAUCCCAAAUGGGAACAUGAAGCGGUAUUUGAUGUGCUUGGUGAGCAAUCAGAGAUUGACGUGUCGAUAUAUGACCGUUCAAACCAAGAAUGCUUUUUGGGCCAUGUUCGAAUGUGUCCUUUGGCUACUAGGGAACAACAAUCUGGUCUAGAUAAUUGGUUUGCUUUACAGCCCAGAACACAUCACGAGAGUGUUGCGGGAGAGAUUCGAUUGCAGAUUAGCUUCGAGAGAAUCUCUAAAAAGCAUUAUGGCCCUGAUGAUUUUGAAGUGCUACGGCUGAUCGGUAAAGGAACUUUCGGUCAAGUCUACCAGGUCCGGAAAAAAGAUACUAAACGGAUUUAUGCUAUGAAAGUCCUGUCCAAGAAAGUAAUUGUUCAAAAGAAGGAAGUGGCACACACGCUUGGUGAACGUAACAUCCUUGUCAGGACCGCGACUACCGAUUCACCAUUCAUUGUUGGAUUGAAGUUCUCGUUCCAAACGCCUACCGAUCUCUACUUAGUGACGGACUACAUGUCUGGAGGGGAGCUGUUCUGGCAUUUGCAAAAGGAAGGCAGAUUCAAGGAAGAUCGUGCCAAGUUUUAUAUCGCGGAGCUUAUUCUUGCGCUGGAACAUCUGCACAACCAUGACAUCGUUUACCGGGAUUUGAAGCCAGAGAACAUUCUACUUGAUGCUAAUGGCCACAUCGCACUUUGUGACUUUGGACUUUCGAAAGCGAACUUGUCUGCGAAUGCUACUACAAAUACAUUUUGUGGAACUACCGAGUACCUCGCUCCAGAAGUUCUGCUGGACGAACUGGGGUAUACUAAGAUGGUUGAUUUCUGGUCUCUGGGAGUGCUGGUGUUCGAAAUGUGUUGCGGGUGGAGUCCGUUCUAUGCCGAGGAUACCCAACAGAUGUAUAAGAACAUCGCGUUCGGGAAGGUCCGCUUUCCACGGGAUGCUCUCAGCCUUGAGGGUAGAAACUUUGUCAAAGGUCUUCUCAAUCGAAACCCGAGACAUCGUUUGGGGGCUACACUUGACGCGAAGGAACUUAAGAGUCAUCCUUUCUUCAAUGACGUGGAUUGGAACGAGCUUUUACGCAAAAACGUUAUACCCCCUUUUAAACCGACGCUUAGCUCGGAAACCGAUACAUCAAACUUUGAUCCGGAGUUCACCAACGCUCCGAUGUCUCAGUCAUUGAAUGCACGAGCUGCUGCGUUGGCUUCUGGAAAUCUGGCAGCAAGUACCCCCCUUAGCCCGGGGAUGCAGGCUAAUUUCAGAGGCUUUACUUUUGUGGAUGAGAGUAGCAUUGAUGAUCACUUCUUAGGACGGGAUGAGUUGGCGCGAAUGGACGAAGGCGAGGAGGAUGGCGAUUGGGACGAAAGACAUGAUAAUAGGAGAAAUAACGACGACGAAGAUGAUGCGAGGGGAUUCGACGGAAGGGGCAAUCGCAUGAGUGGAAUAGUCAAAACCGGUCAAGCGGACGAUGAGGCAGGCAUAUUCGUUAACGACGGUAUGGAUAUAUAGCGAGUGUUUCCCUUUUUAGUUGGAGGAUACGGGUAUCUGUUUCGGAUUUCCAUUUAAAGUUCUUUUUCUUUUUUCGUUUCAUCCUCGAAAGCAUUGACAAAAUAGCAUCAUCUGGUAUACUUCAUGGCCAUUGGUAAGAUUAACUAGUGCAAUUCCUACGAAUAUGGGAUUAUUAUUGUUCCCCAUUUCGUUUCAUUAUGUUCUAUGGCUGCUUCAUAGUGUUCCUGACUUCUACUACUACUACUUAGUAUUUGUCCUUUUUUCAUGUUUUUUUUUUUUUUUUUGCCCAACCGAUUGUGCGAAGAAAGAAGGAAGGGAAAAAAAGAAACGAAUUUCCUUUUUGAAUGUGAUUUUAACAUUUUUCUCAUUUGUUGCUAUCACGAUCUCGAGCAAAGAAAGGCCAGGAGGAGAGGAAUUGAAUAAGGGAGAAAGAAUUGCAUGGCAGUAUAGGCUAGCAAGCGGUCAUUGAGAUUUGGAACUUUGUUGCUUAGAUUAGCAAUAAGUGUUUCGUUUCUUUUUCUCUUUCUCAUUUUUUUUAUUUUUUUUUACAUAAUUAAUUUUUGUUAUAUCACGGAGCACGGGGUUCUUUUUCCUUUUUCCAUUUUUUUUUUUCCACUUCCCCUUAUCUCCUGCUUGUUCUUUUCAUCCCUUCUCCUCACUCUUUAGUGGUUACUCCGGAGGAGAGGAAGAAAGAAAGAAAAGGAUCAUUCUUAAGUUAAUCAAA